UAAAGCUGUUCUAUGGGCGGCAUGUGACAAAGGGAUAUCGAUAGACCUUACAUAGCAAUACGGAAAUUCGAUGUAAAUAGAGGUAGUGUCUCGAAUCGAGCACAUCUAAGACAACCUCGAGAUAUACCGCAUGCUUGUACGGCUAUCACACGCUCCUUUUGCGGUAGGGAGAAGACGAUGCCACCAUGUCGGCCUACCAAUCCAAUUCAUCUUUGGCGCGAACACGAUCUUUGCGCACAACCACCAAGUCGACCCUGACCGCCCCUCAAGCAUCAGCACCACUCCUUAGCAAAUUGCCACAGAUACCGACGUGCACCUCCAAUGUGCUGCUGUUCCUGACUAACUCGCGUCUCUUGGACCUUGACCAUGAGCCUGACUGGCCUGACAUAACACCUACCACUUUCUCCGCCAGGGAUGCUCUCGGUGGACAGAAGAAACGCAUCCAAUGUGUCGAGUGGGCUCUCUACCAGCUAUUCUGCCUAUGGGACCAUAACGAAGCACAGAACAAACUUCGUCCUUUCUACCCACCUGCCGAUCAGGUUCAAUCGAUUAACCUACGUGCUGCUCUAGUACGAAGUCUAGAAGCAGCUAAAAGAAAUGGCGUGCUUGGUCGCGAUGUUCUUAUACGGAAAACAAUGCUUGAUGAAUGCAAGGGGGAGAGGUUGGAGGAGGUCCUGGCCGUCUUUUCUUCCGCGGUGCUGAAGAAGCAGGUUGCUGAAAGGGCCCUCAACUCGGGCCUGGAAUACAGACCUACCGUUUCAGAAAGCAUCUCAUUAGAGAAUUGGGGUUAUACGGGUGACAGAACUGAGCUGAAUGGAUUGCUGCUUGCACACAAAGUCUCUUUGAAGUCGAUAUUAAGAAAGAAGGGCACUGCUCGACAGAAGUACCGUGACUUUGCCGAGUUGCUAGCAAUGAAGGAGCGAGGACUUUCUCGACGGCGAGAACAAGCAAAGCAUACGGCACAAGACAAAGCCAUUGAGAUACCGGACACAGAUAAGGCCGAAGUUCGUAGGAUACUGAGAAACCACUGGACCGGCAAUGAGCAAUGGGUCGAAGGUUUACUCGACAGUAGUUCGUCCCAGAAGCGUGGCUUAUUAAGUACGCCAUUUAAUGAUGUUUGGAGAGGCGUUCAAACUGGAAACAUCACAGACUUGGAGGAGCACACUACUGGCUUACUGGAACAACUGGAACAACGCGUCGACCACCAGAAAUCCAGAUUGCGGAAAUGGGAGGAUUUUCGCAGAGAUAACUUUGGGGAUAUUCGACCAAAGGUGACCCAAAACGCCACACCUAGGCCAAAUCAAAAUGAAACUAGUUUUGAUUUCACAGCCCACCUCGACCUUAAAUUCAACGACUUUGCGAGCCUAAGUCAUCCUAGAUCCGAUGAUCCGCCAGCUGAAUAUGUGAAAAUACUCAAUAGGCUGACAACGGAACUGGAAACAUUUAAGAGCAUGGAAAUACCUGACUUUUCGUGCUUAAUAAACGAUACUAGAAGAGGACCUACUAGAACCGCCUCGGCUCAAUUUACCCCACCAGAACCGGCAGAUGAACCUGUCUCAGACUUAAGCGACUGGGAAGACGAAACAGAAGAGGUAGCUUCUCAGCCCAAUGUUCGCCCAACAGCCAUCCCUAGAGGUUUCCCAGCAACUCGGAGACAACUACCUGUUCCACGUGAAACUCGCAAGACAAGUCCUGUUCGUCAUGGCGAUGCAACAGAGGCUCCCAGAGAGUAUAAGCGGUCUAGAGCAGAGCUUUACCCCACCCAGGUUGAGCAAAAACGCAACGCCCGAAAAGACGAUCAAUGCACGAUCAGUGAUCGAUACGAGGAAAGCCGUACUUCUUCAAUCUUAAACCAGCCACCUAUCGUUAAGAAGACGAAUGAUUCCAUGCAACCAUUUUCUCGUCCGAAAUCUCCAACACAACUUCUUGCUGAUGAGAUUUUAAAUUCUAUGAACAACACAUCUCCUUCUCCUAUGAAGAAAUCCAGGUACACACUAUCUUUAGCCGAGAGAACGCGGAUGUCAAUGGCCCGCACGACGUCAUUCGAACCAGAAGAUGAUAGCCCGCAGCACUCACCUGUGAAAUCAAGUCAUACUCAAUCAAACGACGAGGCUACCACAGAUAAUGACCUCGAGCGAGGUGAAGAGUAUGAUGACCUAAUAACGCGUACACGCCGUUCCAUGGCUGGUUUCGAGGCAGCGCGACAGAAAGCUCAAUUAGAAAGAAGACGUUCACAAAGGAAGAGUAAAGUGGUCCAAAGGAAAGACAGCUAUUUCCCAAAGGUCGAGGAGGAGACCUCGGGCAACCUUUCCGUUGUUGAGGGGUUAAUGGAAGAUGGCCAAGACUAUGAAGCAAUAUUCAAGAGCCGUCCCCGCAUUGCCACGAGCCCGGCACCAAGUCCGUAUCGACAAUCCCACGCAGAGUAAUAGCUUUUCAAGGCAAGCUCUAGAGGCAUCAACGUAUAGAGCAAAUUGAGUAUUGCACAGAACAAGACAUGCCAGCUCGGUCGUCGUUGGAUUAACCGUAG